UCUCUCAAACACUGUCUCAAUCUCUUAUAUAGGAACCUUCCUCCUCCUUUCUUCCCAAAAACUUGAACUCAGUUUCUAAAACUCUUUCUCUCUCUCUCUCUUGCGAUUUCCAUACACAGACAAUAAUAAAAGCCUCAAUAACAUACAUAGACAUGGCCAAGAUUGGAAAGCUAACAAAGCUCAAGUCAGCAAUAAAGAGAUGGCCAUCUUUCACUAAGCUGGGUCGUACAAACAGCUCCAUUGCUGCUAGUACUGACGUGAUCGAAGACAACAUUUCAAGGGAACUCCAAGCAGUUUACGUCGGUAAAUCAAGACGGCGAUAUCUUUUAAGCUCUGAUGUCAUUUGCCAUCCUCUUUUUCAAGAAUUGAUAGAAAGAUCAGGUGGGUUUGAUGACGGACAAGUAGUCAUUUCUUGUGAAGUUGUGUUGUUUGAGCAUUUGUUAUGGAUGCUUGAAGGCGGUGGCUCUCAGUUAGGCUCCAUGGAAGAGCUUGCUGACUUUUACUACACUCGCUAAUAACUAAUUAGCUAGUAUUACUGCGAGUAUCCCUAUACCCAAAGGGUAUGUGACUAUCCUCAUAAUUGUUUUUUCUAGUAGAAUUUGUAUGGUGAGGAUAUUAACCCAGUAAUUGAUUUAAUGGUGGAUGUUGAAUUUUAAUUAGCUUCUUUUAUUAUUAAUUUUUGUAUUUUGGAUUUGCUUCUAAUUAGGGUUUCUAAUUAAUGUAGUUUUUUAGGAUUGUUAUUAUUAACUAGUAAAUGAAAAUAUUGUUAAAUGCAAAAAAGUUU